AUGGGAGGAGGGAUUGAGAAGGAAAAUCACACUGAUAAUAACGACCUCUCAGGCAACCAUACCCGAUGCAUGCAUGAAGAAAUGGGAGAAAAAGGAAACUUAGCGAUUCAAGAAGCCCCAGUUCACCAUAGGGAUCAGCCCAGAAGGACGAGGGACGAGGUGGAAGAGAUAACUGAAGCGGAAGCACUCCGCACAACACCCCGAAAGCAAACCAUGGAUCCAACAGUUGCUGGAAAUCCGUCAACGGCGAGUAAAGAGACGGAGAGGCUACAGGAAAUGAUGUGGAACAAAUUGAUAGCAUUAGAAGCGAAAAGCCAGAUGGGAGUACACUGCGAAUGGGCUCGAAUGGAGGGGUCAACCCUUUCACCGUUCGGGAACCACAUCCUGCGCGUGGAAGCCCCUCAGCGUUACGUGGCCCCUAAAUUAACAGAGUAUAACGGGACAGGAGAACCCUCGGAAUACGUAUGUCAGUUUGAGCAAAAAAUGUUAACUGUCUCCGUCCCACUAGAGGACUUGGAGGCGAUCAAGUGCAAUACCUUCACGCAAGGAUUGAGAGGACCCGCUCUACGUUGGUUCCACAACUUACCAUCCAGCACAGUAAAUUCUUACCAGGAUCUCAUCCUAAGAUUCCAGGCCAAUUUCGCGAUAAGUGUGCGAACCGCCAAGGUGGAUACAGACCUAAUGUUAAUACACCAGCGCCUCGACGAACCUCUGGAACAUUUUAUCAACAGGUUUAGCGAAGAAUACGUCAGUAUCCCGAAAUGCACUGAUUCAGUGGCGACAAAAGCACUAAUGCAAGGAUUGAUACAGGGUUCAGAAUUAAAGAAGGCGAUCAUAGUGGAACCUGGCCUGUCCCUCACAAGGGCCCUGACUAUGGCAAGAGGAUAUGUGGCCUUGGAAGUAGAAGAGAAGCGACACAAUGAGGAAGUGUCGCGCGAAACUUUGACAUCAGGAGAUACUUUCCUCUUCGAAUCUAAGAAUCGAACACCAGCUGCACGGCCUCAUAAUAAAACUGACAACCGCUCGGCCAACGAAAGGAACACCCGAGGGACAGUAAUGGUGAGUAUGGGUGAGGCGGGGCAGCCGCACGCCCAGCGGGGAGAAGAGGAGCUACCACGGAUGACCAUUACCCUAACUGAGUUGAUAAGACGACUGCGGGGAUUGAAGGAAACCAAAUGGCUCCCAAGAAUGACCACGGACCCCGUCAAGAGAGAUAAGGGGCGAUAUUGUGCUUUCCACGGAGAGCACGGCCACGCAACCUACGAGUGCAGGCAGUUGAAGAUAGAGGUCAACCGUCUAGUGAAAGAAGGAUUCUUCCGGGACUGCCUCGUUUCGGACAUCGCACUUUACAUCCAACGUGGGAGUAACAAGAGCCAGGACCAGUCCCCUCCACCGUACAUUAAGAAAACCGUAAAUGUCAUCUCGGGAGGGUCAGACCUAAGUGGGAAUUCAGUACGAGCUUCGAUGGCCCAUGCCCGACGGGUCCAAUCAGUAAGGGCUAUGACGUCAAUUGACAGCGAUGGCCCUGACGUGCUCUUAUCAUUUAACCGAGGGGAAGCCUCUGAAUUAGAACACCCCCACGAUGAUGCUCUUGUCAUCACCCUGGACGUUGCUCAUGUUCGAAUGAAACACAUGCUUGUCGACACUACUGGGAGCUCAGCCAACAUUCUGUUUGCCGGGGUUCUGAAAGAAAUGGAAAUCGAAGACCUAAAAGCCCAGGACACCCAGGUCACACUGGUAGGAUUCUCAGGUGAAAGCGCUGUUGCUCGAAGUUUCGUCCAACUACCCAUCUACGCGAACGGAGUCAACAAAUUAGUAAAAUUUUUAAUUGUGGAUUUCCCGUCGGCCUACAACGCCAUCCUCGGCAGGCCGUGGAUUCAUGCAAUGAAGGCGGUCGCGUCGUCCUACCAUCAAGUAAUUAAGUUCCCCUACAAGGGUGAGGUAAGGGAGAUUCGAGGGGACCAGCUGGGGGCCCGUGAGUGUUACUCCUCAUCUUUGAGGAACAAAAACAAGUUAUAG